AUGGCUGAACAAACUACUUCAAGACGUUCAUCAACAAUAAAAUCACCAACAACUCCACCUCUACAGGAGGAUAAUCCAAUUUCACAAAAAGUUUCAAAAAUUUUACUUAACCCAAUAGAUGAUGUGAAAACAAAGAUAGCAUUAGAAGCUUUAUCAGAAUUCUAUUCUAAUAAUAAUAAUAAUUCUUUAAUUAUUCGUAGAAAUUUAAGAGGAAAUAUUGAACAAAAAGCAAUUGAAGCUAAUAGAAAUUUUUUAGAAAUCUUUGGUAAAAUUACAGAGCAAUUAGCAGUAAUUGAAUCAGAAGUUAAAUCUAUGAAUACUUUUUGUAAUGAAAUUGAAAAAAGUUUAGAAUCUGCUAAUAGACAAAUUGCUGUAUUAUUAGAACAAAGUGAUAGUUUGAAAUCUCAAAGGGAAACAUGUAAAACGAGGAAAAUUUUAAUAGAUGCUUUUUUAAAAAGAUUUACUCUUUCUGAAAAAGAAGUUACUGUAAUAACAUCACCUAAUUCUAUAAUAGGACAAGAAUUUUUUGAUGCUUUGAAACAUUUACAACAAAUUCAUGGGGAUUGUGAUACACUUUUAAUAACUGAAAAUCAAAGAGCUGGGCUGGAAAUUAUGGAAAGAAUGAAUUCUUAUCAAGAAGUAGCAUUUGAUAAAUUGUAUAGAUGGACACAAACUGAAACUAGAACCUUAGGUCAAGAGUCAUUAGAAGUACCAAUUACCAUGAGACAGGCUUUAAAGGCUUUAAAACAACGGCCUGUUCUAUUUCAGUCUUGUUUAGAAGAACUUGUUCAUAUCCGAAGAAAUGCUGUUUCUAGAGCAUUUAUGGAUGCCUUAGUAAGAGGAGGACAGGGAGGAACUCCCAAACCUAUUGAAAUACAUUCGCAUGAUCCAUUACGUUAUGUGGGCGAUAUGUUGGCAUGGGUACAUCAAGCUGUUGCCGGUGAAAAAGAAUUUUUGGAAAGUUUAUUUGAACCAGAACCAAAUUCAAAUAAUGAAUUUAUUCAAGAAGAAGUUAUAGCAAGAGAGAGUGAUGAUAUUAUUAUACAAGAUUUGUUGGAUCGAGAUCUUGAUGGAACUUGUCGUCCACUUAUGACACGUGUUGAGCAAGUUAUUGGGUCUCAAAUUGGAGCUAUAACAGGAUAUAGAAUUUUGAAUUUAAUUCAAUUUUAUAAAAUUACAAUUGCAAGAAUUUUAGGACCUAAUGCAAAUUUAUCUAACACUCUUGAAGAUAUUACAGAAAUUGCAUCCAGGGUGUUUUUUAAUAUUCUAAAUGCUCAAGCUGAACAGUUAUUAAGAUAUAUUCAAACGCCAAGUUCUGAUUUAUCUCCACCGCCAGCAGUAAAGGAAGUUGUAUUGCAACUGAAAGCUAUUAUGGCAUCAUAUGAGACUUCAUUAAUUACAGCAUCAGAAAAGGAGAAAGAUUUUAAAUCAAUAUUAGAUGCAAUAUUAGAUCCUUUAUUUCAAAUGUGUGAAUUAGGUGCAAAAGAUUUAACUAAAUUUAAUCAAGCGAUUUAUAUGGUUAAUUGUCUCCAUUAUGUUCAGUCUGCUUUAACUUUAUAUGCUUUUACUCAUGGACGAGUUAUGGAUAUUGAAAGAAGAAUUGAAGAAAAUUUGGAAAUAUUAGUUGAUGAACAGUAUGCAAAUUUAUUAAGACAAUCUGGAUUAAAACCUAUUGUUCAAGCAAUUGAAACAAAAGAUGAAAAAACACCAUUAUCAUUAGUACAUAAUAUGAAUGCAAAAUCAUUAGCAAAUAUAAUGGCAAAGUUAGAUUCAUUUUUAUCAUUAUCAGAUAGUGAUACAUUUAAAUUACAAGGUCACCCAAAGCCAUUAGUUAAAAAAGUUAAUCAAAGAGUAAGUAAAUUGUUUAUUGAAGCUUAUAGAAAAGUUAAUGAUGCUAUAAAAGAUCCAAAAAAUCGGUAUGAAUUUCCCAAUACUAUUUUAGUUAGAACUGUUGAUGAAAUUGAAAAUAUUUUAUUGAUUGAUUAA